AUGAAGCGGUCUUUUACUUUUCUUUGCGGAGUUGUGCUACUCGGCAGCAUGCUCUGUGCAUCACAAGAGUUGGUCCAGAAUAAUACCAAUCCCAAUGAUAUCGAAGAAGCGCAUAAGCUAAAAAUCUUAUUGGAUGCAACACGUCCCGUCACCACUAUGAAACCCAUCAGCACCUCCUCCACAUCCCAGCCCGAUUCCCACUCCACAUCUGGUACUAAGGAGGAACCAGAUUAUAGUUUCCAAAAUGACCGCCUGCCUCUGCUGUCAGAUGAUGAAUUUAACAACCUGACAGAUGAUGCAAAUCCUUUAUACUUCCUCAAGCAGCUGACUGAACCAACUAAACCGCAGACAAAGCCUGAUUCUGUUCCGGGCUCACCUAUAUACAUCACCAUACCCAUCUAUAUAAAUACAGCUGGAAAAAUUCCGCUCAGUUUAACCAUUGGUGAUCAAGAAAUGACACUGGAGCAUCAGCAGAGAUUAAACUCAGCAAACAAAAGAAAAGAUUCCACCAAGAUACCCAAUUCGCAUUUCAAUCGUUUGCUGGAAAUCAAUGAACCAUCCAAGAGGCGUACAACCAAUCGACACCGCAGUCCGAUCCGCAGUAAAAUCCAAGCUCUCAAGGAACCCAAUACCGCAGAGCGCUCUAAGGACCAGAACCGAAAGAAAACGAAUUAGUAAAAACAAAAGAGAAGUUUCAUUGAUAAA